ACUGAACCCCAGAUCCGAUGGGAUCCCGCAAGAAGCACCGGCAUUCUUUAUCACCGACAGCGGAGAAGCCGACUCCUCACCAGUCUCACCUCCAGAAAUGAAAGGCAUGAAAAACCGAAAAGCGGAAGCCUCUUGAAAAAUCUAAGGACACAAAAGUGGAAACAAACUAAAAAGGCUCCUUACGGGUCAGCAGUGGAGAUCGGUAGAUCCAAGAGAGAAGAGAGUGUGUGGGGGAGAAAGAGAGAGACGGGAGCGGCGGCCGGCGGCCGGCGGCGGUGAUGGGGUGGGGUUGGAAGAUCUACGAGGGGACGGUGGUGCUGGGAUCGCUGGGCCUCCUCGGGUGGGCGGGGCUGUGGUUCCUCAACCGAAGGCUGUACAAGGAGUACGAGGAGAAACGGGCCCUCGUCCAGAUCCUCUUCAGCCUCGUCUUCGCCUUCUCCUGCAACCUCUUCCAGCUCGUCCUCUUCGAGAUCCUCCCUGUCCUCUCCAAAGAGGCUAGAUGGCUGAACUGGAAAAUUGACCUGUUCUGUUUGAUAAUGUUGUUAGUGUUCAUAUUGCCAUAUUACCAUUGCUUUUUGAUGCUUGGUAACAGCGGAGUGAGGAAAGAACGAGCUGCAUUUGGAGCAUUCUUAUUCUUACUGGCAUUUCUUUAUGCUUUUUGGCGAUUGGGAAUCCACUUUCCAAUGCCUUCACCAGAAAAAGGAUUCUUCACAAUGCCUCAGUUAGUUAGCAGAAUUGGUGUAAUAGGCGUGACCGUCAUGGCUGUGUUAUCUGGCUUUGGAGCUGUGAAUCUGCCUUACAGUUAUCUUUCCCUAUUCAUCAGGGAGAUUGAGGAAUCAGAUAUUAAAGCCCUGGAGAGACAACUGAUGCAAUCGAUAGAGACAUGUAUAGCAAAGAAAAAGAAAAUCAUUUUGUCCCAAAUGGAGAUGGAGAGGCUUCAGGGAUCAGAAGAGAAUUUGAAGGCCAGAUCUUUUAUAAAGCGUAUAGUUGGGACAGUUGUGCGGUCUGUGGCUGAAGAUCAGAAGGAGCAAGAUAUCAAAAGUUGGGAAGCAGAGGUACAGGCUUUAGAAGAGCUCUCAAAGCAGUUAUUCCUUGAGAUAUAUGAACUUCGUCAAGCUAAGGUAGCUGCUGCAUAUUCUAGGACAUGGAGAGGGCACCUGCAGAAUUUAUUAGGCUAUGCUUUGUCUGUCUACUGUGUGUACAAAAUGAUAAAGUCUCUACAAAGUGUGGUAUUCAAGGAGUCAGGUUCUGUUGAUCCAGUGACAAUGACAAUCAGCAUAUUCUUGCAGUUCUUUGACAUAGGCAUUGAUGCUGCUCUUCUAUCACAGUAUGUAUCUUUGAUAUUCAUUGGAAUGUUGGUUGUCAUAUCUGUUCGAGGCUUCUUAACAAAUCUUAUGAAGUUUUUCUUUGCAGUUUCUAGAGUUGGUAGUGGAUCAUCUACAAAUGUCGUCCUUUUCCUAUCAGAGAUCAUGGGAAUGUACUUUGUAUCGUCUAUCCUUCUAAUAAGAAAAAGUCUAGCAAAUGAAUACAGGCUGAUCAUUACAGAUGUUUUGGGUGGCGAGAUUCAAUUUGAUUUCUAUCAUCGUUGGUUUGAUGCAAUAUUUGUGGCGAGUGCAUUCCUUUCUUUGCUUCUGCUUUCCGCACACUAUACUUCCCGGCAAGCUGACAAGCACCCUAUUGACUGAUUUCUUGAUGUACAUGUGUAAAUCAUUAUUCUAUAUUCAUAUUAAUUUCGGCAAAUUUCUUGCCCCGCGUAUGUAUGUUGUUUCAUUUUAACCUUGAUAAAUAUCAUGUUGAUUGGAAAAUUUAUAGGGAUUGUUAUUAUAUGAUUGGCUGGUCUUUACUUUUUGAUGUUUUCUAU